UUUAUAUCCGCACUGAAAAGUGCGCGCUAGCUGAUUGAAUGGAAUUGCAGUUUGUGAGAAAUAUGAUUGUUUUGUGGUUAUGCAUAUUUUUACUGUCACCUGGCCAAAUAAUAUCAAAUAGCCUUGUAGGCUGUGAUCCAUACGAUGUAAUUCUACCCGUUGCUUGUGGUGCCAGUUCUCUCGAUUCUAUACCAUUCACCGGAAUCCCAGAUCACGUCGUUUUCACACAUACGCUUGAGAAAUCCUGCUACGGCUUAAUCGAGUGUUGUGACAUAGUGCGAUCGCUGCAGUCAUAUCACGUUGAUGUUCUUGAUUGGUCGAACAUUGGUUUCAACUUUUUAAUCGGAAAUGAUGGACGAGUGUAUGUAGGUCGAGGAUGGAAUCAAGUAGGCCAGUUCUCGACUCAUUACAAUGAGAAAUCUCUGUCUGUUGCUUUUAUAGGUAAUUACUACGAGAAACCUCCAGAACGUAAAGCUUUAAGUACCGUCAAAUCCCUACUAAAAUGUGCAGUUUUUAAGAAGAGACUGGCUAUGAAUUACACUCUCCAUAUGCAUGAAGAUCUUGAAUGCUCAUCUAACCCAGCUCCAGGUCUAAAACAAGAAAUAACUACAUGGCUUCAUUAUGAAGGAAAAGCUGCAGACUAUUUAAGGUGUUAACUUUCUGAUGAUAUCAUCUAUAUGUUAGUAAAUAUGAAAAAUAGUGAAAAUAUUGCUAUUAAAAUGAAACAGAAACCA